AUGGCGGAAACCUAUCUUCUGCUCGAUCUCCUUCAAGAACAGAGUCAGUCAAACCCAUACCUCACCACACUCAAACAUCACGACAGACAGAGUCAGUCAAAACCAUACCUCACCACACUCAAACAUCACGACAGACAGAGUCAGUCAAAACCAUACCUCACCACACUCAAACAUAACGACAGGCAGGGUCGGUCAAAACCAUACCUCACCACACUCAAACAUCACGACAGGCAGGGUCAGUUAAAACCAUACCUCACCACACUCAAACAUCACGACACAGAGAGUCAGUUAAACCAAUACCUCACCACACUCAACCAUCACGACAGACAGAGUCAGUCAAACCCAUCCCUCACCACACUCAAACAUCACGACAGAGAGAGUCAGUUAAACCAAUACCUCACCACACUCAACCAUCACGACAGACAGAGUCAGUCAAACCCAUACCUCACCACACUCAAACAUAACGACAGAGAGAGUCAGUUAAACCAAUACCUCACCACACUCAAACAUCACAACAGACAGAGUCAGUCAUCUCCAUACCUCGCCACACUCAAACAUCACGACAGAGAGAGUCAGUUAAACCCAUACCUCACCACACUCAAACAUCACGACAGAGAGAGUCAGUUAAACCAAUACCUCACCACACUCAAACAUCACGACAGACAGAGUCAGCCAAAACCAUACCUCACCACACUCCAACAUCACGACAGACAGAGUCAGUCAUGCCCAUACCUCACCACACUCAAACAUCACAACAGACAGAGUCAGUCAUCUCCAUACCUCGCCACACUCAAACAUCACGACAGACAGAGUUAG